AUGUGCAAAAGGACAAAAGAGGAUGUGUGUGUGACCAAGACUUUCAGGCACAGAACUAGAAAACGCAAAAAAGCAAUUGCUGACAUUAUCUCUACAGUAGAAUUCAACCACACAGGAGAAUUACUAGCGACAGGGGACAAGGGGGGUCGCGUUGUAAUAUUUCAGCGUGAGCAGGAGAGCAAAAAUCAGCCCCAUCGCAGGGGAGAAUAUAAUGUUUACAGCACAUUCCAGAGCCAUGAACCUGAGUUCGAUUACCUGAAGAGCUUAGAAAUAGAGGAGAAGAUCAAUAAAAUACGAUGGCUCCCCCAGCAAAAUGCAGCCUACUUCCUUCUCUCCACAAAUGAUAAAACUGUAAAACUAUGGAAAGUUAGUGAAAGAGAUAAACGACCAGAGGGCUAUAAUCUCAAAGACGAAGAUGGACGGCUCCGAGACCCCUCCACAAUUACAACACUGCGGGUACCUGUGCUAAGGCCCAUGGAUUUAAUGGUGGAAGCAACUCCCAGACGGGUUUUCGCAAAUGCACACACGUAUCACAUCAACUCCAUAUCCGUUAACAGUGACUAUGAAACCUAUAUGUCAGCGGAUGAUUUGAGGAUAAACUUAUGGAACUUUGAAAUAAUCAAUCAAAGUUUUAAUAUUGUAGAUAUAAAACCAGCAAACAUGGAGGAGCUGACGGAAGUGAUUACAGCCGCAGAGUUUCAUCCACACCACUGCAACACCUUUGUCUACAGCAGCAGCAAAGGGACAAUAAGAUUAUGUGACAUGCGAGCAUCUGCCCUUUGCGACAAGCACUCCAAAUUUUUUGAAGAGCCCGAAGACCCAAGUAACAGGUCAUUUUUUUCUGAGAUCAUCUCUUCAAUUUCUGAUGUUAAGUUCAGCCACAGUGGGAGGUACAUCAUGACCAGGGACUAUCUCACUGUCAAGGUGUGGGACCUGAACAUGGAGAACAGGCCUAUUGAGACAUACCAGGUUCAUGAUUACCUCCGCAGCAAACUGUGUUCCCUCUAUGAGAAUGAUUGCAUUUUUGAUAAAUUUGAAUGUGUGUGGAACGGGUCUGACAGUGUCAUCAUGACUGGCUCCUACAACAAUUUCUUUAGAAUGUUUGACCGCAACACCAAGCGUGAUGUGACCCUGGAGGCCUCAAGGGAAAACAGCAAACCCCGCGCCAUCCUGAAGCCCCGCAAAGUCUGUGUCGGGGGCAAAAGGAGAAAAGACGAAAUUAGCGUGGACAGUCUGGACUUUAGCAAAAAGAUCCUGCAUACAGCUUGGCAUCCUUCAGAAAAUAUCAUAGCAGUGGCAGCGACAAAUAACCUGUAUAUAUUUCAGGACAAGGUUAAUUAG